AUGUCUAUCGUGACAAGAACAUCCAACAGCGGUCUCUCUGAGACAACCUCCCAGCCAAAGGCAGAUUCUUCAACAUCUAUUGCAUCCAGCAUAUCUGAUAGUGGCUCCCAUUCAACAAAAUCCGACCCCAAUGAAGAUUCUACAGCCACAGCUUCCUCCCACUCGGAAACUUCCACCAUAGCCACGCCCUCCAAAACAUCAUCGGCAGCCGUCACAUCUGGGACUUCAGGCAUGGCUUCCAAUCCGUGUCCUGGUCAGAACCUCACCACGGUCACUGGCUCCGAUGGAUCGAUAUUUACAUUACUGUGUGCUGUGGACUGGCCCAGUGGUAUUCAGACAGCAUACGGCAACGGAAAAGUCAGUGACUUGACGAGGUCAACUGAAUAUACCUUGAAGUCCUGCAUUUCACAAUGUGUGCAGUGGAAUACGGAGAACAACGAGAAGUGCAAAGGGGUCAUCUACACUGCAAAUUUGACAGCUUCAUUUAGUGGUGGACAGGACGGCAAUUGCUUUUUGAAGAAUAGUGUUGGGAAAUAUUAUCCUAAUUCGGAUGCCUCCAUGGCUGCUGGGAUAUUGGGAGGCUGA